AUGGAGGACGACGCGGAAAGCCAGUACGAAGCUUUUAGCUCCGAAGGCGAACCACAGACAGAGUCUACGAACAUCAGAUACGAUGGGAAACCAUCGAGAUACAGGCCUAUAGCCAGAGCUAAGAAAGCUAUGAGAAGUGGGAAUCUGCCGGCUGUAGAAGACAUUGCUAAAAUCAAGUACAAUUGGAGAAACGAAUAUCCGGUAACGUUCCAAGACGAAAUCAUAAACUGGAAACAGGAACGUACAGAAGCGAUCAUGAUGCCAUAUGCCGAAAGCAACCAGGAUGGAGAAGUCGGUUUACGCGCAUUGAGGGAUCGUGCCAGAAUGGAUGCGCGUCGCGAAUGGAGGAAGUUGGAGCAAGAAGCAGAUAAAUUUACGACUCAAAAGAGGUUAAAUCGAGCGGCGAUGCUCUUUGUGGCUGGUCGAGAAAGUCCGAGCCAACAACUGGAGCUUAAUGUUGUGACUGAUCAUCCACCGGAAAGACCCAGGAGAAGAAUAAGCAGCAAGCCGGUGGCAACCGUACCCUUCGACGACGAUUUCGAGGACGAACUGGCAAACAUGGAGCCCACUGAGCGCAAGAAUACAAACAGAACAAGCAUGGGAGUCGCGCAGCCAUUCUACUCCCCACCAGUCCCAGAGCACAACGAAACCAGUCCCGAAAAGAUGAGAGCUACGGAACCACUGUCUUUUCGAGAAGAUUCAAAGCCAGAAGAACGGAUUCACAACAGGCACUCAAUCCGAGACAACCGUGCGGAAGAUGGAUUCCGACAACCUCUAUUUCCAGACACAGAGAUGGCCAUGAAUAUUCUUGUGCGAGCCCUUGCCAGCACUCAAGAUCCAAAUACCAAAAUGCUUCUGCUGCAGCAAAUUGAAGAAUGUGUGAAAUCGAAAGAAGCCAGUAGUGGAAUCUCUGGCCACUCUGGUCGGGCUAGAGGUAGGAACUCGUCGACUACCAUUGCCUCUCGUAGUGUCUCCCCUACUGGUGAUCAGCGACGAGUGUAUCGAAAUCGAUCACCUGAAAUUCGGCACCCGUCUAAAUCUCGGGGUCGUUCCUCUGCAGGUUAA